AUGGCAAUGGACAUCGCUUUUGGUGGGAAACCUAUGGACUUGUUGACGCCAGAGGGAUUCUUGGGGGCAGUUUACCAUGCCUGCAGGCUGGAACCUGGGACUGGUGCUCUUGCAGCACCAGUCUGUCACAAGAUCAUCAAUGAGUUGCCUGACUUCAAGCCAACUUGGUUACCAGAGCUCCCUCCGGUUGAAAUGGCUGUCAAGUACGUUGAUGGCAGUGGAAAACAAAGAGUGAAGGGAGGUUCUUCUUUGAAAGCCAGUCAAAGCUACCCUCUUCAGUUUGGAAGAGCCCUGUCCAAAUUGAGAAGCCGCCAUUCCAAUCAGCUCCGAAAGGAUGCAAGGGCAACCUUGAAGAUGACAGACGAGAAGCAGUCGAAGCGUGGCAAGGUUGAGAAAAAGGAAAAGGUGAAGGACAAGAAGCCCACAAAGAAUGACUUAGCGAAGACCGACAAGAAAGACCGACCCAAUCCCAAGAAGGCCGAGGAGAAGAAGGCAGCAGUGAAAGUGUCAAAAGACAAGUCCCAGAAGAAGAGUGCAUCGUCCAAGGUACCAAAGGAAGAGCAGAAGAAGGCAGCAGCGAAGACCGACAAGAAAGACUUGGCAGUACCAGAAAAGAAGCAUGACAAAGAUGGUGGUAGCAAGAAAGUCAAGAAAGCAACACCGGUGCAGCCAGUUGAGAAGCAUGAGAAAAAAAGAAAAGACAAGGCAGAGUGCAAGAACAGCAAACCACCUGUGCUUGCUAUCCGAGAUGCUCCGUCCCGAAGAUGCACUACCAAGACCCGUCCUGAAACCGAGCCAGACACUAGCUUCAUGACACCUCCCGAGCAUGUGCGACGAAUGUCAUCGCCUUCCUUGUCACAGGCGUCAGACACCUCGUUGGCAAAGUAUGAAAGGGAAGCCGAGAAAGCAAACAUGAACCUUGAGGACUACCUGCAGAAAGUCUCAUCGGAAGAGCUUGAGAAGGCAGUCGAGGCACGCAUGAAAGAAAUUGUUGAGACGAGUGAUGGACAAGAGAAGGAAGGGAAGGAGAAAGAAGAGCAGAAAGACGAAGACAAGGAAGAGGAGAAAGAAGAAGAGAAGUCUUCGAGCGCUUCCAGCAGCGAUGCAGAAGUGAGUGAUGCUUCUGAUGAUGAAGAAGAUGUCAGUGCUAGUCUCGGGAAAGAGCAUGAAGGAACUGAUGAAGGCUUAGAUGGAGAACCUUUAUCGGAUGAUGAGGGCGAAGAGAAGAGCGAGGCGGAACUUGACAGUGAUGAAGAAGCUUCAGAAGAUGAGGCAUCAGAAGAUGGAACCGACGAGGCAGAGGUGGAGCAGCAGGUUCAAGCUUUGGUGCCUAUCGAGAAAGAUGUGCAGCAGCAGGACCCCGCCGGCAAGAACUCGGCCAAUGCAAACGCAUUGACACAGGCGGUCGCAACUCAGAGGGCGGCUGGGGAGAGCAGGAAUGUGGACAUCUCAAAAGCAAACAGUAGCAAUUGCAAGGCCGAGUGGGACAAGUUCAGCAGGCAGUGCCUUGACCGACGCCGGUUUCCAGUGGCGUUGGCAGGGCACUACCAAAAAGAUAAGCUUGACUUGUUUCGCAGCUGGCUGUCAGCCAAGGAAGAUUGGUCGAAGGUGGAAGUUGAGAUCCAGCGCAAGGCAGAGAGGACAAACAAGGCGACAAAAAAGAGGGCAGGGAUGAAAGCGCGGGAGAUCAUGAAAGCCUAUCCACAGAAAAAAGCUUUGGAUUUGAUCAAUCGCCUGCGAACCAGCGGCCUAUGGGCCUAUGAUGAAGACUUUGACCAGGACGAAGAGGAGAUCUUCUACUUCACCAACAGUGGGUCGACCUUUAAGUGUGAAGAUGCGACCUCUGAAUCCAUGGCUAUUAAAGCUUCUGAGACAGGCAACAAAGAUCUCAUUGAGUCGCUGACUGGUGAGGGAGGUCCUUUGCAGGCAGGUCUCCUGCCAGCGGCGCCGGUGAAGAACGAAAAGGCUUUGCAUGAUGCUUUUGGCGAUGCAACGAAAGCCGUCAAGACUCCAAAGAUUGUCACUGAAAAAAUGGAAGCUUGCCUCAAGAAGGGUGGAGAGGGCCGGCGACACGCUAUCUCUCUUGAGGCGGUCGAAUACAGUGGUGAUCUUGCAAAGAAGCUCAUGGCUUUUAGUGCCAAAAUGGAAAAGGUAUACAAAAAGUUGCAGGAGUUGUGUUCCCAAAAAAGCAAGGAUCCCAAGGAAUACCAAAAGUUGAUCGACAUCAUUGAUGAGAAGCUGGCAUGGUUUGAGAAGGCUGAGGCACAUGGGGACACCUGGUGGCAUUGUAUAUCUUACUUUGGGGUACAAGUUAAAAAAAGGGAAAGAAAUGGUUAA